AAGGCCGCCGGGAGCAGCGCUGAGACCCGCGCGGGCAGCGGGGAGGGGAACGGCGGCCGAGACGCAGGGCCGCCCAGCGGCAGGAGCACCGAGUGCAAAAAAAUUGUAGACUAAGAAGCCAUGGAUAGGAGAAGUGUGAGUGUCAGUGAAACAGAAAAUGGAGAUGCUUUCCUUGACCUGAAGAAGCUGCCGACCUCCAGAUCCCCCCAUCGCUAUACAAAAGAGGAGCUCUUGGAUAUAAAAGAACACCCCCAUUCCAAACAGAGGCCUUCAUGCCUCUCCGAAAAGUACGACAGUGAUGGCGUUUGGGACCCUGAGAAGUGGCAUGCAUCUCUCUACCCGACUUCAGGGCGAAGCUCACCAGUAGAAACACUGAAGAAAGAGUCAGAUGCAGAUCGCCCGUCCUUGGUGCGCAGGAUAGUAGGCAUAGUCGAGUGCAAUGGAGGAGUGGCUGAAGAGGACGAGGUGGAGGUCAUCUUGGCCCAGGAGCCCACUACUGAUCAGGAAGUACCACGGGACGCCGUCCUGCCUGAGCAGGCCCCGGGAGAAUUUGACUUCAAUGAGUUCUUUAACCUUGAUAAGGUGCCAUGCUUGGCUUCGAUGAUAGAAGAUGUUUUGGGAGAAGGAUCCGUCUCUGCCAGUCGAUUCAGUAGAUGGUUCUCUAACCCAAGCCAGUCUGGAAGCAGAUCUAGCAGCCUCGGGUCAACACCACAUGAAGAACUGGAAAGACUUGCAGGACUGGAGCAAGCCAUCCUCUCUCCUGGACAGAACUCGGGGAAUUACUUUGCUCCUAUACCAUUGGAAGACCAUGCUGAAAAUAAAGUGGACAUUUUGGAAAUGCUACAGAAAGCUAAAGUGGAUUUAAAACCUCUUCUUUCCAGCCUUUCUGCAAAUAAAGAAAAACUUAGAGAGAGCUCACACUCAGGAGUUGUGCUGUCAGUAGAAGAAGUGGAAGCAGGACUCAAGGGCCUGAAGGUGGAGCAGCAUGUGAACAGCUCAGCACCCUUCAUGGCAGAGCAUUUAGAAGAGACCUUGAGUGCUGUGCCGAGCAGCCGACCACUGAAGACAGAUGGAGACAUGACUGCAUUCAACAGGCUUGUGAGCACCAUGAAGGCCAGUGGGACCUUGCCUUCCCAGCCCAAGGCUAGUCGAAAUCUUGAAAGCCAUUUGAUAUCCCCUACUGAAAUUCCAGGCCAACCUGUCUCGAAGAACAUCCUGCAGGAACUUCUGGGUCAACCAGUUCAGAGACCUGCUUCUUCCAAUCUUCUGAGUGGCCUUAUGGGGAGCUUGGAACCUAACACCUCUUUACUGGGCCAAAGAGCACCCUCUCCUCCCAUGUCACAGAUGUUUCAAACUCGAGCAGCUUCAGCAGACUACCUUCGCCCACGAAUACCAUCACCAAUUGUGAGAGUUCUGCAACAGCGAGUAACGAAGUCACCAGCACCUGUGCACCGAGGGAAUUCUUCAUCCCCAGCCCCUGCCGCUUCAAUCACAAGCAUGCUUUCUCCUUCCUUCACCCCUACCUCAGUGAUCCGGAAGAUGUACGAGAGCAAAGAGAAAAGCAAGGAGGAAACAGCACCUGGAAAGGUGGCUGCUGGUGACAGUAAAGAGGAUAUGCUGAAGGCCAGUGAAGACAACCUGCUGUCCAAUUCCAUAUCCAAUGUGGAUCAAGAGUCUUCGCCUACAACAAAUCUAAAACUGUCAACAUUACAGCGGCCUUCAUGUUCCACCCCACUGUCCCAGACAAACCGUUACACCAAAGAACAAGACUACCGACCUAAAACAGCUGGGAGAAAAACACCCACGUUGGCAUCCCCAGUUCCAGGAACACCUUUUCUCCGCCCCACCCACCAAGUUCCCCUCGUUCCCCAUGUCCCUAUUGUUCGGCCUGCUCACCAGCUCCACCCAGGAUUGGUCCAGAGGAUGCUGGCCCAAGGAGUACAUCCACAGCAUCUCCCAAGUUUGCUUCAAGCUGGUGUGCUUCCUCCUGGGCUGGACCUGACACAUUUACAGGGACUAUCUGGCCCCAUCCUGGGUCAGCCCUUUUACCCCUUACCUGCUCCUGCUAACCAUCCCCUCCUAAACCCUCGUCCUGGAACACCUCUGCAUCUGGCAAUGAUGCAGCAACAGCUCCAGCGCUCAGUUCUGCAUCCUCCAGGCUCUGGAUCCCAGGCAGCAGCUGUCAGCGUACAAACAACUCCUCAGAAUGUGCCCAGUCGGUCAGGCCUGCCGCACAUGCACUCCCAGUUAGAGCAUCGCCCCAGUCAAAGGAGCAGCUCCCCUGUGGGCCUUGCCAAAUGGUUUGGCUCAGAUGUGCUGCAGCAGCCCCUACCCUCCAUGCCUGCCAAAGUCAUCAGUGUAGAUGAGUUGGAGUACCGACAGUGAGGGCACGGCAGGCAGGCAGGCUCACACACAUCUGGACCUAUGGUGGCAACCUGGACAGGACAAUGCUGCUUCAUCCUGGGUUGGUUUAUAGGCUUUUACUUUGGAACACUCCAGGUGAAGCGCUUUAGGGAACCCACACACAUGGCGUGGUCUCACAUGAUAGAACGAUCUUAGCCAAUGUAGGAGCAGAACCUACAUGGUCUAAAUACAGGAUGCACAGUGCUGUCAAUCCUGAAAAUUCUUUCUUUUUGUAAGGUAUGUGAAUGAUGUGCUGGUGUCUUCAUUAAGAGGUGGCACCUAAGGGUUCUGAGGAAAUAAAAUGUAUAGACCCUUAUGUACAGAUCUGUGUAUAAACUUUUGUACAUACGUAUAGGAUAGCUUUUUUGAACUUAUACAGCUGUACAUAAAAGUAGCUGAUAUUAGUUAAGCCUGUGUCAACUGUUUUUUUCUUUUUUUCACUUGUACAUUUGGGACUUUUGUUUGAUUAAAGUUGCAUAUGCUAAGUGUGUGAAUGAAGUGA